CGCGCAUCCCUAGAUUCCGAGCAACAAAAAAGCGAAGAAGGGUCAUUGUUAUUUUUUCUAAUGCAAUGUAAUGAAGUGAAUUUGCACGUUUGAACAAGUGAAUCGCGAUUGUUGUUUUAUCCGCAGCGGGGAACCAAAUCGAAUCGAAUCGAAUUCGCGGCCAGAGAAAAGAGGCAGCACCGCACCGAGGAUAAAACAAACAAGAAUUGAUUUGUUUGUCCGGCCAUGUCAGUGUAUGUGUGACAAGGGCUCGCCAGUGUGUGCGUGUGCGUGUCCCCGUGCGUGUGUGUGCGUGCUUUUUUUUCUCCCGAGUGCCGCCAAGUGAAAUAUGUAAUUGCACGCCACUGCAGUCGCAGCCACACAAAUCCAAUCCUGAUCUACGAAACAGCGAAGUGAGGCUACAAACGGCUGCCGAACGAAGAAAGCAGAACCGUUAAACAAAUGACACUCUGCCGAUACAGCGAAGUAAAAAUCAAUAAUUAGAGCAAAAAGCACAACAGAUUUCACCAAGAUAUAUAAAGUACGUGAAAUUCGAUUCCAGAGUCAUGUUAAACAGCGCAAAUAACAAUUCUCCCCAGCACCCGGUGAGUGCACCAUCUGAUAUCAACAUGAAUGGCUAUAACCGAAAGUCGCCACAAAAAAGGCGCUAUGAGAUGCCAAAAUACGCUGCAGCUCCAAAAAAGAAAAUCUGCAAGGAGCGCAUUCCGCAGCCGAAGAACACGGUGGCAAUGCUGAAUGAGCUAAGACAUGGACUGAUUUACAAAUUGGAGUCACAGACUGGUCCGGUACACGCACCUCUAUUUACGAUAUCCGUGGAGGUCGAUGGACAGAAAUACUUGGGCCAGGGCCGCAGUAAAAAAGUUGCACGCAUCGAAGCAGCAGCAACUGCACUGCGCAGCUUUAUACAGUUCAAGGAUGGAGCAGUUUUGUCGCCUCUGAAGCCGGCGGGCAACUUGGACUUUACCAGCGAUGAACAUCUUGAAAAUGGUAUUGAAAAUUUGUCCAAUCAAAAAUUGGUCGAGAUCAUUACCUCCAACCUUACCUCGCUUGAACAACCCACGUUGCGUCUUCAAAUGUUUUGCAUGAGUCAGAAUGUCAGCAAAAGUGCAAUUACUGUUGACGGUCAGAAGAAGGUUCCAGAUAAGGGUCCUGUCAUGCUCCUCUACGAAUUAUUCAAUGACGUUAAUUUUGAAUGCAUUAAUAUUGACGGCGCUCAGAACAAUUGUCGCUUCAAAAUGACUGUCACAAUCAACGAAAAGAAGUUCGACGGAACAGGUCCUUCCAAAAAGACGGCGAAGAAUGCGGCAGCUAAAGCGGCACUGGCUUCGUUAUGCAAUAUUUCCUACAGUCCGAUGGUGGUGCCACAAAAGAACGUGCCCCUUCCAAUCGACGACAAAUCGUCAUCGAUGGAGUUGCCUCAGAUACACGCGGAUACCAUUGGUCGGCUGGUUUUGGAAAAGUUCAUGGAAGUGAUUAAGGGUCAGGAGGCAUACUCGCGUCGAAAGGUAUUAGCUGGCAUUGUAAUGACUGAAAACAUGAAUUUUUGUGAAGCCAAAGUUAUUUCAGUUUCGACGGGCACAAAGUGUGUCAGCGGUGAGCAUAUGAGUGUGAACGGAGCUGUCCUAAACGAUUCCCAUGCUGAAAUAGUCUCCAGGCGUUGUCUUCUCAAAUACUUAUAUGCACAGCUGGACCUUCAGUGCAAUCAGGCCACAGCAUAUCAGUCGAUUUUCGUGAGGAAUACUGAUGGGCAAUACCCUUAUAAACUAAAAUCCGGGGUACAUUUCCAUUUGUAUAUAAAUACAGCACCUUGUGGGGAUGCACGGAUAUUUAGUCCUCACGAAAACGACACUGGUGUUGAUAAACAUCCAAAUAGAAAAGCUCGUGGCCAGCUGCGCACCAAAAUCGAGUCCGGUGAGGGGACAAUUCCAGUGAAAAGCAGUGAUGGAAUACAAACGUGGGAUGGCGUAUUGCAGGGCCAACGCCUGCUGACAAUGUCGUGCUCGGAUAAAAUUGCUCGUUGGAACAUCGUGGGUAUACAAGGCUCCUUAUUGUCUUCCAUAAUUGAACCAGUGUACCUGCAUUCGAUUGUGCUGGGCAGCCUGCUGCACCCGGAGCACAUGUACCGCGCAGUGUGCGGCCGAAUCGAGAAGUCCAUUCAAGGCCUGCCCCCGCCGUACCAUCUGAACAAGCCGCGCCUAGCACUAGUCACCUCGGCAGAGCCCCGAAAUCAGGCCAAGGCUCCCAACUUCGGGAUCAAUUGGACCAUUGGGGACACCGAGUUGGAGGUGGUGAACUCGCUAACUGGCCGAACCAUUGGCGGCCAGGUGUCUCGCAUCACCAAGCAGGCGUUUUUUGUUAAGUAUGGAUUUUUAAUGGCUAACUUACCCGGUAUUUUAGUCCGCAAAGUAACUACAGACUAUGGGCAAACCAAAGCUAACGUUAAGGACUAUCAGAUCGCAAAGCUAGAAUUGUUUUCUGCAUUCAAGCGAGAAGACCUUGGCAGCUGGCUGAAGAAACCCAUUGAACAAGAUGAGUUCGGUCUUGCCGAAUGACUGCACUCAGCACUAUUAUAUAAUUUAAAAAAAGACAACAGUAACGGCAAGCAAUUAAUAGAGUUAGACGACAUAGAUUUUAUGACAAAUUCUUACAUAGAAUGCAAAUUCAAUUGGGUGCAAAAACAUCGCUAUGAUAUACUACUUCAUAUGAUUGAGAACCUGCCAACCUUGCGUACCCAUUGCAACAGCAA